GUAGAUGGAACAAAGGAUUAAAUUUGCCAUUCCAUUAGGAAAUUUACAAAAAGUAGAUGAACGAAAGAAAUUAAUUUUAUCCACACUUUCACUUCAGGCUUUCUUAAAUGAAAAUAGUGGACAAUUAUUGUGAAGACUUAGUUGUGACAAAACUUACCGGUCUAGCUGUGGACAGCUGUAGCCUGGCCUUGCAAACAAAGAUGGCGGACGUUACACGUUCUCUGCCGUCUGAAAAGAGUUCUCAAAAUCAAGCGAAAAAACGCAAAAAGAAAAAGCAGAAAACGCACCGCCCUGUAACGGAGACUAGUCCAUCAACUAGAAAGGAUAGUAAAGUCAUAAACACUUACCAUGCGCUGAAGAAACGGCUUGAAUCGGUAAGCAUUGAUAAACGCCUGUCAGACCAUGAAAAAGCUCAGCUAUCCAGCGAGAUUACUGCUAAAAUGGAACAGCUUGGAGGGCUAGAUGCAUACCAGAAAGCUUCAAAGCUAGGAGAAAGUCGUCAUGGUGGAUUUAACGCUGCUAAAUGGGUUGUAGGGGAACUCAAAGCACACAAUAUUCGAUCUGAAUUGCAGGCAGGGGAGGAGUGUUCAACCUCAACUGGGAAUUCUGAAAAACUGAGGCUUCUGGAUGUCGGUGCUUUAGAUCACAAUUACAAGAAACAUGGCUGGAUAGACUGUACUCCUAUCGACCUCAAUCCUCAAAACAGCUCGAUUAAGAAAAUGGACUUUCUUCAGCUCAAGACGAAAGAGCUGUUUCAUGUUAUUGUUUUGAGUCUUGUUAUCAAUUUUGAAGGUGAUGUGAACAAGAGAGGACAGAUGCUGAAGAAGUGCUGUAAACUUCUCCAUCCAGGUGGCCAUGUGGUUAUAGUCUUGCCUCUUCCCUGUGUGACAAACUCACGCUUUUUCUCUGCAGAAGUGUUGCAUUUGAUGAUGGAGAGUUUAGGAUUUGUUGAUGUCAGCCAGCACACCACUAUCUGCAGCAAUGGAGGCUGGGUCUGGAAUAAGCAAACCAUUGAGUGAUGAUUGAGACACAGCAAGGAAACACUGUGUGACAAUGUGACUUUUUAUAAGAAUUUGCAUGAGGCAAAUAUUUUAGUUAAAUGCCUGAGCAUUGAUUAAAAUCAAUAUGUGAUA